AUGGGAGGCAGCCAGGCUCAAUUCCAUAUGUUAUAUUCUUUAGGAUGGGAUCCAACCGCCAAUACGCUUCCCAUACAGUUGGUGACAGGCAGUCAUGCUUCUCACAUUGUUACAAAGACAACUUGGGAAGAGUGCACCAAAACUGUGGAGUCCAUAUAUCAUGGACUAUUUCUAGAUCAUGCACGUGUGAUCUUUGCAUGGGACACUCAUCUAGUUUCUCUUCUGCACGACACUCGCCAAUAUUCAGAAGCAACGAUUGCUGAAGAUAAUGUUUUGGAGGAACGGUGGAGGGAUAUGCUACAGAGCAAGCUCGAAUUAUGA